AUGAGAUUAAAUGAAAACUCCAAGAUAAUUGGUAAAAAUGUAUACCUUGUGCCUUACCGAAGAGAGCAUGUACCGAAGUAUCAUCAAUGGAUGACAAAUGAGGAAUUACGAAAACUAACAGCAUCUGAACCAUUGACUUUGGAAGAAGAAUACGAAAUGCAAAAGUCUUGGCAUAGCGAUGAAGACAAGUGUACAUUCAUUAUUCUGAAUAAAGCUAAAUUUGAUGAGACGAGCAAUGAUGUCGAUUCUAUGAUUGGAGAUACAAACAUAUUUAUUCAAGGCAUGAAAGAAGCAAAAGGUGAAAUAGAAAUAAUGAUUGCUGAAGAAUCAGUCAGGGGUAAAAAACUUGGUUGGGAAUCAGCUAUUUUGAUGUUAUUGUAUGGAAUCCUAUAUAUUGGUAUCAAAUCAUAUGAAGCUAAAAUCUGUCUAACAAAUGUAAUAAGUAUUCAAAUGUUUAAGAAGUUGGGAUUUGAAGAAUAUUCCAAAAGCGAAGUAUUUCAAGAAAUUACAUUUAAAAAAGAUGUGUCAACAAAAUGGAACAACUGGUUGCAAGAACAAUAUAAAUUAAAUGGUAUCUCCAGUCUGGAAAGUCAGGGAAAAAUUAAAAUUCUACAGUUUGGGCACGAUUCGGAGGUCUUGACGACCUCCGUGGACGAGUGGUUUGUACUCCGGGUUCAUGGUGUCGCCGACUCGAGAGGUCCCGGGUUCGAAUCCCGCUGGGGGCAGAUGUUUGUGUGA